AUGGCUGGGGGAGAGGUAGGAUUGCAUGGUGAAUGUGGCUUGAGAAGGCGCCGAGGAGCAGUUGCACCGACAUCUCGAUUUGCGGAAAAGGGGAAAAGUGCUGACUACCGAUUGAAGACAAGAUUGUCCUCAUCCAUGGCUCUCUGUGCGUGCAUUCGUAUACACUCCUGGGCUGGUAAUCAUUUCAAGCAGCUUCGGCUUUGUAAGAGUGGCGUUGGUCAGGAUGGUAUUGUUACCAUCCCCGAUCAGAUGUUUGUCAUCGCUCGUCAGGCAUUGGCUCAUACACAUUUUAGUGCUUCACGCUUGCUGAUGUGGCCGACGGUCUUCCUUGGGAAGCGCUUAAAUCUUGAUAAAGCAACAGUGUGGUGGCGAGAGAGCUCAUUGGUAUAG